UUCAAACUGGUAAAACAGUAGGAACAGCUGCAGAUGGAUUCUUUGCUCUUCAAUGGAGACCUCUGAUAUGAAUCUCUCCACUCCCUCCUCCACCGCCACUUCUUGGUUUUCGGGCAUUGUCCGCAGUCGGAGUGCCGCCUCCAAGAUGCCUAACACCUCCUCCACCGCCGCGGCCGCCGGAGAUAGCGGCGGAGGUGGAAUCGGACCAAUUAACAAGAAGCGUCAGUUCCGCGGGGUGAUGUUUAAGUACGGACCCAAGGCAGUUCAGGUGGCAUUUAAAACGGGUGAAUAUAAACAACAAGUUAUUUUUAUCGGUGGGCUGACUGAUGGAUUUUUGGCCACUGAAUAUUUGGAGCCAUUGGCAAUUGCUUUGGAUAAAGAGCGUUGGUCCUUAGUACAGUUUCUUUUUUCUUCGUCGUAUAGCGGAUAUGGCACUUCGAGUUUGAAACAGGAUUCAGUGGAGCUCGAUCAAUUGAUAAGUUACCUAAUAAACAAGGAAGAUUCUGAAGGUGUAGUCCUACUCGGGCACAGUACGGGAUGCCAGGAUAUUGUGCAUUACUUGCGGACCAAUGCAGCUUGUUCGAGAGCUGUUCGUGCAGCCAUAUUACAAGCUCCUGUGAGUGACCGCGAAUUUAGAGCCACUCUCCUUGAAACGGCAUCCAUGAUUGAUUUAGCUUCGAAGAUGAUAAGUGAGGGUAAAGCGUCGGAAUUGAUGCCCAAAGAAGCCAAUCCCGACUCGCCAAUCACUGCCUACAGAUUUCAUUCACUUUGUGCUUACAACGGCGAUGACGACAUGUUCAGUUCCGACUUCAAUGAAGACCAGCUGAAACAGAAGCUCGGACAUAUGUCGAACACACCUACCCUGGUCAUGUUUUCCAUGGGCGACGAAUAUGUCCCGGAAUACGUGGACAAGAAAGCUCUAGUCGACCGAUUGUGUCGAGCGAUGGGGGGCGCGGAAAAAGUCGAAAUUGAAUACGGAAACCACUCGCUGUCCAACCGAGUCGAGGAAUGUGUCCAAGGGAUCGUAGAUUUCAUCAAAAGAGACGGCCCGAAAGGAUGGGACGACCCGUGGAGUUAAGUAAGGCUUUUAAGCUCG